CAAAGUGGUUGGACACAAUUUUUUGGACAGAAUGGCCCUUGGGCUUCUAGGCCACAUGUCAUAUUUUUAUUGUUUUUUAGUAGGAACAAAUACUAGUUCAGCGUAUUUCUGCCGACUUCCGCCAACCACCCUUGACCUACUGCCAGCAAUUGCCGCUUGGCAAUUGCCACUGGCAGAAUGGCAGCAUUCUGCCAACAACACUAAGUGUAAUUCUAUACCCCUCACGUUGCAUAUUUCCGCCGUCUUUAUAUCUCACCUUAUCUCAUCGCAUUCCCAAGCCCCGGCAAGCGCCACAUUUCCGCCUGAAGAUGUCUAUUUUCUAGUUGAUGCUGAAAUCUGGCCUACUUUUAGCUGUUCUCCUGAUUGGCGGUGGUGAUAUCGAUGAAGGUUGAGAGGUUUCUUACGAGACCAACAACGU